AUGGUGGAAGAUCGGACAUAUCUACUAACAAGGGUUUUCUCAAGUUCUCGUCUUUCAGAAUCCAAGUGGCCUUACAUGUAUCCACAAGGACAAGAUGAUUCCUCUGAAUCUAAGCUCAGAAAUGGCAAAAGAGCAUUGGAAGACGAUGAUGAUGAGGUCAGACAAAGCAAAUCUCUCAAAUCGAUGGGACUUAUCAACGGUUCCAAUGGAGAAGAACAAUCUGAUUCUAACAACAAUGGAGAUGGUGAUUCACUUAUCAACGAUAUUGGCAGGGACAAUUCGAUAAGCUGUUUGAUCCGUUGCUCGAGGUCUGAUUACGGUUCAAUUGCUUCCGUAAACCGGAGUUUCCGGUCUCUGGUUAAGUCAGGAGAGAUUUACAGACUCAGGAGGCAGAGCCAGAUCGUUGAGCAUUGGGUUUACUUCUCUUGCCAGCUCUUGGAAUGGGUUGCUUUCAAUCCUGUUGAAAGAAGAUGGAUGAAUCUCCCAACAAUGCCUUCAGGUGUUACAUUCAUGUGCGGCGAUAAAGAAUCGCUCGCUGUUGGCACUGAUUUGCUUGUUUUAGGCAAAGAUGAUUUAUCUUCUUAUGUGAUAUACAGAUAUAGUCUUUUGACUAACUCUUGGACAUCUGGUAUGCCGAUGAAUUAUCCGAGGUGUUUGUUCGGCUCAGCGAGUCUAGGAGAGAUUGCGAUCUUCGCUGGUGGUUGUGAUUAUCUUGGCAAAAUCCGUGAUGCCGCUGAGAUGUAUAACUCCGAGCUUCAGACCUGGACUACACUUCCUAAGAUGAACAAACCGAGGAAGAUGUGUUCGGGUGUUUUCAUGGAUGGAAAGUUCUAUGUCAUUGGAGGAAUCGGAGGGAGUGACUCGAAAGUGCUUACUUGCGGUGAGGAGUUUGAUUUAGAGACGAAGAAAUGGACUGAGAUACCGGAAAUGUCGCCUCCAAGGAGCCGGGAAAUGCCAGCAUCCGCAGAAGCACCGCCUCUUGUUGCUGUUGUGAAUAAUCAGUUGUAUGCGGCGGAUCAUGCUGAUAUGGAAGUGAGGAAGUAUGAUAAGGAGAGUAAGAAAUGGUUUACUUUAGGGAGAUUGCCUGAAAGAGCUGAUUCGGUUAAUGGUUGGGGAUUAGCGUUUAGAGCUUGCGGUGAUAGGUUAAUCGUGAUUGGUGGACCUAAGAAUUCAGGUGGAGGGUUCAUUGAGCUGAAUUCUUGGAUACCAUCAAAUGAUCGAAGUCCGCCUCUAUGGACAUUGCUCGAUAGGAAACACUCAUCGAAUUUCGUUUACAAUUGCGCGGUGAUGGGUUGCUGA